CUAGAGCCAAGAAGAAGAAGAAGAAGCACCGGCAGCAGCAGCACCACCACCACCAGGUCCACCACCACCUGGUUGGCUUCGUUAACCAGCUCGCUCACGCACCCACGUCGUGUCGGGGAAAGGAAUCGGAGGCUUCCGGCGAUCUGGCUCCGGCGCAUGGCGGCCUCCGUCCACGGCGGCAUUCUUGACAUGACGAGGGUGGCUCAGGAGAAGGGCAGUGAUCCCCUGUGGUGGGCGAUGCAGAUGUGCUCCAGCUUGAACUCGGCCGGCGCGAGCUUGCCUUCGACCGAGCUGGCGCACGCGCUGGUCUCUCACAUUUGCUGGGACAACAACGUCCCCAUCACGUGGAAGUUCCUCGAGAAGGCUCUGGCGGUCGGGAUUGUGCCUCCUCUCCUCGUGAUUGCUCUGCUCUCUACCAGGGUCAUUCCAUGUAGGCAGUUCAGACCAGCCCCAUACAGACUUUACAUGGAACUGCUCAAGAGACAUGCUUUUAACCUUAAAUCCCAUAUAGAUGGGUCAAACUAUCAAAAGGUUAUGGAAUCAAUUGAUGCUGCUAUGCAGCUUUCCAAGAUAUUUGGUUUGCCAGAAAGUGAAGCUGGGAUUCUUGUGGUUGAGUUCAUCUUUUCUAUUGUGUGGCAGUUACUUGAUGCAUCUUUAGAUGAUGAAGGAUUGUUGGAACUCACUCCAGAAGCGAAUUCCAGAUGGGGCAUCAAGUCUCAAGAAAUGGAUAUAGACAGUUAUGGUAGUUUUGAUGAGAAGUCUACUGAAAGUCAUGGGAUAUUGCAGAAUGCAAAUACUACAAUGGCAAUUGAAAUAAUUGGACAGUUUCUGCAAAACAAAGUAACCUCCAGAAUAUUAUACUUGGCACGCCAGAACUUGCCUGUGCACUGGGAAUCUUUCAUUCAGAGAUUACGGUUGCUCGUUACAGACUCAGCAGCACUAAGGAAUUCAAAAAGCCUGACUCCUGAGGCACUUCAGCUGUUGACUUCAGAUGCUUGCGUAGUCUUUUCUCGAGAAUGCAGGACAAGUUCAAAUCAGAAGUUCCAUGCUAUUAUGGCAUUUGGCUCCCGUGCUUCUUCCGCCCAUUGUUCUGACCUGUGGCUCCCUCUUGAUGUGGCUUUGGAAGAUGCCAUGGAUGGAUAUGAUGUUAAUCCAACAAGUGCCAUUGAAAUAAUCACUGGUUUGACAAAAUCUCUUCAAGCAAUAAAUGGAACUACCUGGCAUGACACCUUUUUGGGUCUCUGGAUUGCAGCUCUUCGCCUUGUUCAAAGGGAGAGGAAUCCUAUAGAGGGCCCCAUGCCUCAUUUAGAUACCCGCUUGUCCAUGUUAUUCUCUAUCAUACCUCUAGUGAUUGCUGAUCUUAUUGAGGAUGAGAGCCUAGCAUCUGAUGAUAUAGAAUGCGCUGGCAAUGAUCACUGGAAGGAAAAAAAGUGUCCUGGAGAUCGCCGUGAUGACCUGGUCUCAAGCCUAAGGAUAUUGGGUGAUUAUCAAGGCCUGCUGACUCCACCUCACACUGUUGUUUCUGCGGCUAAUCAGGCUGCUGCAAAAGCAAUGCUGUUUCUUUCAGGGAUUAAUGUGGGGAGUGCAUAUUUUGAGUGCACGAGUGUCAAAGACAUGCCAUUAAACUGCUCUGGAAACAUGCGCCACCUGAUAAUUGAGGCUUGUAUUGCCAGAAAUCUACUAGAUACAUCAGCAUAUUUCUGGCCAGGCUAUGUCAAUGGACACAUCAGCCCAAUGCCUCAUACCAUUCCUGCUCAACUGCCAAGCUGGUCUUCGUUCAUGAAGGGGGCUCCGCUGACUCCCGCAUUGAUGGGUGCUUUGGUUUCAAGUCCAGCAUCGAGUUUAGCAGAGCUCGAGAAAGUUUAUGAGAUUGCUCUCAAAGGAUGCGACGAAGAGAAGAUAUCAGCUGCUACCAUUCUUUGUGGUGCGUCCUUACUUCGAGGUUGGAAUAUACAGGAGCACACUGUGUGUUUUAUUACUAGACUGCUUUCUCCUCCAGUACCAGCUGAUUAUGAAGGCGAUGAGAGUCAUUUGAUAAAAUAUGCUCCCAUGCUGAAUGUGCUUGUCGUUGGAAUAGGAUCUGUUGAUAGUGUUCAGAUUUUCUCCUUGCACGGUUUGGUACCUCAACUGGCAUGUUCCUUGAUGUCCAUUUGCGAGGUCUUUGGCUCUUGUGUGCCCAAUUGCUCUUGGGCUCUCCCCACUGGAGAAGAAAUCUCUGCAUAUGCCGUGUUCUCAAAUGCAUUCACUCUUCUUCUAAAGCUAUGGAGGUUUAAUCGUCCUCCUCUUGAACAUGGAGUCGGAGAUGUACCCACAGUUCGGUCCCAACUAACUCCUGAAUACCUCCUUUUGGUGAGAAAUUCCCAUCUAGUCUCUACCGGAAAUGUGCACAAGGAUCGGAUCAAAAGCAGACUGUCAGAAGUUGCAUCUUCAUCAUCUCUAGAACCCGUGUUUAUGGAUGCUUUCCCAAAACUGAAAAUCUGGUACCGGCAGCAUCAGGCCUGUAUAGCUUCAACCCUUUCUGGUCUUGUCGGCACACCCGUUUGUGAAAUUGUUGAUGGGCUUCUGACUAUGAUCUUCCGCAAACUUAAAGAAGGAAGCCAAUCUUUAAUUACGGUUAAUUCUUCGAGUAGUAGUUCAUCAGGACCUCGAAAUGAGGAUGCCUCCUUAAGACCAAAACUGGCUGCAUGGGACAUCCUUGAAGCCGUGCCUUUUGUGGUGGAUGCAGCUUUAACAGCUUGCGCUCAUGGACGUCUUUCGCCCAGGGAAUUGGCUACAGGGCUUAAAGAUUUGGCUGAUUUUCUUCCUGCAUCUUUGGCUACCAUUGUGAGCUACUUCUCAGCAGAAGUUACUCGGAGUAUUUGGAAACCGGUAUUUAUGAACGGAACGGAUUGGCCAAGCCCCGCUGCAAAUCUAGCUAACGUGGAGGGACAAAUAAGAAGGAUUUUGGCUACUACUGGAGUCAACAUACCAAGCCUUGCCACAGGGGGAAGCUCUCCAGCCACUCUUCCUCUGCCCCUGGCUGCAUUUGUGAGCCUCACCAUAACCUAUAAAAUCGACAAGGCGUCGGAGCGUUUCCUCAAUUUGGCAGGGCCUGCCCUGGAGUCCCUAGCAGCGGGUUGCCCAUGGCCUUGCAUGCCUAUUGUGGCAUCUCUCUGGACUCAGAAGGCGAAACGCUGGAGCGACUUCUUCAUCUUUUCUGCAUCUCGCACGGUCUUCCUCCAGAACGCUGACGCCAUGGUUCAGCUUCUGAAAAGCUGCUUCACCGCGACACUUGGGCUUCAUACCACUUCGAUGACGAGCAAUGGGAGCGUUGGAGGUCUUCUUGGUCAUGGAUUCGGGUCCCACUUCUAUGGUGGUAUAUCUCCGGUUGCUCCAGGAAUUCUCUACUUACGCGUCUACCGCUCCAUCAGGGACAUAAUGUUCGUCACGGAGGAGAUCGUCUCUAUUUUGAUGCAGUCGGUAAGAGAAAUAGCAUGUAGUGGCCUUUCCAGGGAGAGAUUGGAGAAGCUGAAGGCUAACACUAAGAACAGGAAAAGAUAUGGUCAAGUUUCACUCACCGCGGCGAUGACUCAGAUGAAGCUGGCGUCUUCUCUUGCGGCUUCUCUUGUAUGGUCAUCUGGUAAGCACUGCCUGGUUCAGUCGCUCAUCAAAGAAAAAUUACCUUCAUGGUUUAUAUCUGUCCACCGGUCCGAGAAGGAGGAAGGAUCGGACGGGGUGGUGGCCAUGCUAGGGGGAUAUGCGCUAGCAUAUUUCACUGUUCUCUGUGGAACCUUCGCCUGGGGGGUCGACUCGGCAUCUUCAGCUUCGAAGCGGAGACCGAAGAUCCUCGGGACUCACAUAAAGUUCCUAGCGGGUGCUCUGGACGGGAAGAUCUCGCUCGGUUGCGAUUGGGCCACUUGGCGGGCGUAUGUGUCAGGAUUCGUGAGCUUGAUGGUGGCCUGUACUCCCAAUUGGGUGUUGGAGGUGGAUGUUGAUGUGCUCAAGAGAUUGAGCAGGGGGUUAAGGCAGUGGAAUGAAGAUGAGCUUGCUCUUGCUUUGCUCGGGGUGGGCGGAAUCGGGACAAUGGGCGCGGCUGCUGAGUUGAUUAUCAGAAAUGAGCUAUAGUUUUCUCCAGUACCCUUUUCACACUCUUCAGUUUUUCCUCUUUUCAUUCUGAAGAGCCUGUAGAUGCAUUGUGAAUAUUGCUUGUAGGUCUCAGGAAAAGUUGUACAAGAAUAAAUUUAUUUCAUAGUCAA